AUGCAAGAAGCCGUGGUGACAACAACAGAGUCGCAAACAAACCUGAAGGAAGAUGAACUAACUAUGCGGCCACUACGCUGGGGUUUGCUCGUGGGAUUUGGUCCCAGAGACUGUUGUGAGAAACUACUCUAUCAGGACCACAUUGAUGUGCCUUUUACCGACAAACAUGGUUCGGCGAAAAUCAUGCAAGGAAUUGGAGCCACAGGAAUGAAACAGAAUGAAUGGCUUUUGAAGGCGAUACGGACAGAUCACUUUGGGAGA